AAUGGUUUGAUUUACUAGGUAAUUAGAAUUGGUGGGUUAAGCCUUUGCUAAAGCGUUUCUUUUUUUUUUUUUUUUUUUUUUCUCAAAUCUAUGUAUAUGGAAUUGUGGGUUAAGCUUCUUUUUUAUACUUUCCCUUAGCUAAUUGCUGUUGCAAUUCUCAGAGAAUCUCUUCACUCUCUAUCCAUUCAUCGGAACCGUUAACGGCGCCUGCACCGGUGAGGUUAAGAGGUAUGAACUGGGUUCAACGCAAGAUCUUUCUAUACAAUGUCACCUUUGGACUCUACAUGUUGGAUUGGUGGGAGCGUUGCCUUUUCAAUAUGUUGGUCAUUGUGUUGAUGUGGUUCAUCUUCUACAACAGCUCACGAUAUGUAACUGUGUUCUUGAAGGGUGAUGCUUCAGAAGGUUGGAACUGUGUGUGCUACACUGUUGUAUCCCUUGCUAAAACUUUACCGGCAUUUAUCUUAAGGUUUGGAGUUGCGUUGCUAUGAUGAUACGAGUUUCAAAAUGUUCAAAUUGCUUGGUUAAAAAUCUAAAUUGAUGUGGAUUUGCAAUUUUGCAUGCUACGAUGUUAGGAUGCAGUGAACCGGUGCACGUGUCCCCUGUAUUCUACACUAUUUUCGUGGCUUUCACUGGCAAAAACUUGAGAACAUUGGCCCUGCUGUAGUUACUGUUGGAAGUGCUCUAACGCGCAUGCUUUUGAAUUCCACUUAAAGUAUUCAGAUUGAGAUGGUUUUUAUGUCAAAAGUUACGUUUCACCGCAAUCUUAAAUGCUAAAUGUGUAAUUUUUUUCGGUUUUUGAUUCAAUAGUCGGUUUCUGAACCAUAAUGUAGCAAUAUUACAUUUUUCUUCUUUGAGUUUUA